AUGAAAGUCUCCAGCCGAUUUGACGGGUCGAUAUGCGGCACCAUCUUCUUGCAUCGUCCGUCGUGGAAUUGGUCUGCCAUUGCCGCCUCCGCAACCGCAAUUGCUGCCACCACACCUUCACAGCUCGGUGACCAAGGCAGCGGACGAAGAAGACAGGUUGCGACAGCAGGCCUCGGCCCAGCAACACAACGACGGCGCUUCCAUGGCGGCUGGACCUCACAAAGUGGCCUUGUCGACGGAGCCGCGAGGAGACCCAUACGCGGCUCCACCGGCUGCCCGCUACUGACCACCUCAUCCCUGCGAGUAACUCCCACCAGCUUGUCCGGCACGAGCAGCAGACGAGCACUCGACUCCAACUUCUUCCGCUAUUCCGUCUCCGCUCCCCAGAAGAAGAGCCACACGGCGGCGGCGGCAGCCCCGGUCCCUGAGCCCGAGCCCGAGCCCGAGCUCGUUGCUGCAGCCGCCACCGAACCCAGUGCCGAUCAGAAGCCCGCCGCCGACUCCGUAUUCUCGGCCCCAUCCGCGCUACAUGACGAUCCACCGACCGAACCCCCCUGGGGCGCAAACCCACAAUCACAAGAGCCGCCCGAAUCUCACAAUGUGAACCCCGGUCAUCUUACCAAAGAAGAGCUGCUUGAACUGGUAGAUCCCUAUCGUGGCCUGGAUGGAACGGUUGAAGACCACCUCAAGUUCAUUCGCGAUCCUCACAUGCACAACUAUGCGCCAGCUGACAGGCCCCGGUUCACCUUCGUACAAAAUGAAGACGAUUACGAAUAUCCAGGUCCGGACGAAGUGAUCGGUCUGUGGGAAGAGGAGGGCCAACGUACACUGAGCGACCUCAGAUUUGCUGUGCUCGUGCGGCUGCGCACGCCACACAAGGUUGACCUUGACACUAUAUACGACCUCUACCAACAACUACCGGAACCGCGCAUGCCUUUCAUUAAUGGUCGAUUGCGACAUCAGCUCCUCAAAGCACUAGGGCAGCCUCAGCGGAGAAACUCCAAGUCCAUGCUUCGGUACUUUGCCGUCAUAGCGGAUGUGAGGAACUGCAGCAUGCCCUUGACGGCAGGGGAGUGGAAUUGCGCCAUCUCUUUCGCAAGUCGUUAUGUUGGCACCGUCACCGAAACUCAGGCGCAGUCUGCCAUGAGACUAUGGCGCGAAAUGGAAGUCGACGCUGGCAUCAAGGCGACCGAGGUGACCUUCAACAUUCUCUUUGACGUGGCUUCAAAAGCCGGCAACUUCACCCUCGCCGAAAUGAUUUACCAGGAAAUGGUCAGCCGCGGGCACUAUUUCAACCGCUAUCACCACGUGAGCUUGAUCCAUUUCUUUGGCCUCAAGAGGGAGACGGGUGGACUGCGCGCCGCGUUUCGUGAGAUGGUUGAGGCAGGCGAGAUGAUUGACACAGUUGUCCUCAAUGCCGUCAUAUCUGGAUUGUUGCGAUCGGGCGAGGAAGCAGCGGUCGAGCGCAUAUAUGCUUGCAUGGUGGCUUCUAUGGCGAAGUGGUCCAAGGUACCGUUCCCGGCUCGGAGUUACGCCAGCGAUCGUGCCAUCACACAGUCGCUGAAGAUGAUGGCUCGGGUUGCAAAGAAAGCUCCCGAGCUGCAACAGAGCUUUCAAGAGAUGGCGCCGAUGCAUCCAAACCUUCGGACGUACAGUAUUCUUGUCAAGUAUUACGGUGUUGGGUGCGGAGAUCUCUCUCGCGUGGCCAAGUACAUCGACGAGAUGAAGCUGUUCGACAUUCCAGUUCACGGCUCCAUCUUCAAGGUUUUGUUCAAAGCUUUUGACCGUCAUGGGGGUUACCCAACUUCGGCAUGGAGCGCGAAGCGGUUAGAGUCAAUCUACUCAGCCCUAAUAGAGGCCAUCGACGCUGGAAGGACACUUAUUCAUCAGUCAGCCCCUCCACCAGUUGAUGAGCAUCCACCGGCUGAUGAGGAAGCGUUUCAUGAUGAUCACCUUCAAGAAGACCACAAUCAUGAGCCAGCCCAUGUUCAAGAAGAAGGCACCCAGGAGGAACACCACCCUGAAAUCUACGACGACGACGAAGCUGAACUACCCUACGAAUACGAAGAGGAGGAUUAUCCGCAAAGGAAAGAAUGGGGUGUCGACCGUCCAGGCAUCGAGAUCAAGACCUGGUUGGCCAUUUGGGUCCUGCGCGCAUUCAUGCGGUGCACCGACGCCGACCGAGUCGUCGAAGUCUAUGAGCAACUUAGGGCGCGCUGGGAGCUCAACGAUAAGGACGAGUUAUUCAUGGCCGACUUCCUGUCCUCGCUUCUGAUUAAUGGCUCGAAAAGACAGAAAUGGUAA